AUGACUCACUCCUGCUGCUCCCCGUGCUGUCAGCCCACCUGCUGUGAGGCCAGCUGCUGUCGGACCACCUGCUGCAAACCCACCUGUGUGACUACCUGCUGUCAGCCCACGUGUGGUGGGUCCAGCUGCUGCCAGCCUUGCUGUCGUCCUGCCUGCUGUCAGACCACCUGCUGCAGGACCACUUGCCUCAAGCCUACUUGUGUGACCACCUGCUGCCAGCCCACCUGCUGUGAGACCACCUGCUGCCAGCCCACCUGCUGUGGAUCCAGCAGCUGUGGACAAACCUGCAGUGGGUCCAGGUGCUCUCAGCCUUGCUGCCAGCCAGCUUCCUGUGCACCUGUGUACUGCCACAGAACCUGCUACCACCCCACAUGCUUCUGCCUGCCUGGGUGCCAAGACCAGAGCUGUGGAUCCAGCUGCUGCCAGCCUUGCAGCCAUCCUGUCUGCUGUCAGACCACCUGCUGCAGGACCACCUGCUGCCGCCCUAGCUGUGUGUCCAGCUGCUGCCAGCCUUCCUGCUGCUGA